AUUAUUGUUUUGUUGAGGUAGUAGUACACUUCGGAAAAACAUCUCGCACGUGUCAAUUCAAACCACACUAAGGGUAGGACAGUCAUUUCAAACACAACCCAGCAAGACCGCUGCUAGCCUGCUUGAGUUUGAAGCGUUGGAAGGUCCGAAGUCCGAACUAAAGUAAAGAACCUCCGGUCCUUCUCUGAUUGAACCAAAAGUCCUAGAGAGAAAAAAAAAACCCUAAUCCUACUCCCAAAUGGCGACCAGCUCUGCUUCAGUGAACUUGGAAGAUGUUCCCUCCGUCGAUCUCAUGUCCGAGCUCCUCCGUCGCAUGAAAUGCUCGUCUAAGCCCGACAAGCGCCUCAUUCUCGUUGGUCCACCUGGAUCGGGAAAGGGUACUCAAUCACCUAUUAUUAAGGAUGAUUACUGCUUGUGCCACUUAGCUACUGGUGAUAUGUUAAGAGCCGCUGUUGCUGCAAAAACUCCGCUUGGGGUCAAGGCUAAAGAGGCUAUGGACAAGGGAGAACUUGUUUCUGAUGACUUGGUUGUUGGCAUUAUAGACGAAGCUUUGAAGAAGCCCUCAUGUCAGAAAGGUUUCAUUCUUGACGGAUUUCCAAGGACCGUGGUCCAAGCACAGAAGCUUGAUGAAAUGCUGGAAAAGAAGGGAGCCAAAAUUGAUAAGGUGCUGAACUUUGCCAUUGAUGAUGCAAUCUUGGAGGAGAGAAUUACCGGUCGUUGGAUUCACCCAUCCAGCGGUAGAACCUAUCACACAAAAUUUGCACCUCCCAAAGUUCUGGGUGCCGAUGAUGUUACUGGAGAACCUUUGAUUCAGCGCAAGGAUGAUACUGCAGCUGUUCUCAAGUCAAGGCUGGAGGCAUUUCACAAGCAAACUGAACCAGUCAUUGAUUAUUAUUCCAAGAAGGGCAUUGUUGCCAAUCUUCAUGCAGAAAAACCUCCCAAAGAGGUCACAACUGAGGUUCAGAAGGUGCUCUCUUCGUAAAAGCGGUCUCCCUCUCAUAGAGGGAUGGAUUACUUUCGUUAGAAAGCUUAGUGUUAUUGCCCCUUUUUAUUCUAAAUACACUGUUGAAUUUUCUGACUAAUAUGCUUCACUCGAUUUUGCAAACUGCACAUGACGGCUGCUGUCAACUCUUUGAGGUUUAAUUGCGUAACCUAUACAUAAUAUAAAAGCGUGGAACUGCACGCAGGUGGUACACUUUUUCUGUUUUGUUGAC